GCUCGGAAGAGCACACCGCCCCCAUAGGGCGCACAACUAACUCUCUCGCGCGAAACCACCCCCGAUCGUGCUACGAACUUCGUACAGUGCCAAUGCGAACUCUUGUAAAAAGUUUAAGAAGAUUUAUUUGACCGGCUUUCCUGAAACUGGAUCUAAUUUUUUUUCUCGAAACGAAUCACAACUAAGAAAAAUGGGGAGCAGCGAAGGGCAGCAGACUUUUUGCUUAAAAUGGAAUCACCAUAAGACAAAUUUGGUUGAAAUCCUAGAGGCUUUAAUUAAAGUCGAAACAUACGUUGAUUGUACAUUAGUCGUUGAUGAUCAAGUCACAUUUAAAGCACACCGGGUAGUGCUUGCUGCAAAUUCUCCAUACUUUCAAUCAAUUCUCGCAGAUGUGCCCAUGGACCACUGCAGUAUCCUAUUUCCAGGAGUUAAGGAUUUUGAAAUGCGUGCUCUCCUCGAGUACAUGUACACUGGAGAAGUUAAUGUAACGCAAGCACAUAUACCUCGCAUAAUGAAAGUUGCAGAACAACUUGAGGUUAAAGGUUUGUUUGACAUGACAGAGUUACGUCGGCGGCCUGGUAGUAGUGAACGUACUCCGGCUGCCUCACCACCUCGUGUAGUACCAGCAGCGCCUUCUAGCGUAUCUCCGCCAGUUCCUACUAGCCGCUGGCCACCCCCACCUAUCGCUCCUGCCCUCUCAGCCGCGUACGACUCGGCUGAUAUGAAUCCGUUGAAACGCAAGAAGCUAUCAAGCAUGUUAGCUACUCGUGAUACUCCAAUAUUAAGAAAUGUUCUCGCUCAGGCUACUCCUGUUGAUUCAUCUCAACCUAUAUCACUCGUAUGCCACCCUGUAAAUCAGCACGAGUCAACACGCUUACACUCCAAUGGAUCAGCACAUGAAUCUGAACGCCCUAUAAGUCCGCAACGUCCUUUUGAUUAUAGACCACGCCGAUUGUCGUCCAGAGCCUCUUCUCCACACUAUAAUCGCUCAGACCGCUCAGAGGACGCCCAUUCACCUUACACUGAAAGAUCAUUUGAAGAUGACAACCAGAGAUCUUUCCACCCUUCUCCUCCACCAGCAAAUUUUCAACAAGAUGUAAGAGCUGGAUUAGCACCUUAUGUUCCACCACAACAGAAACCUGAAUGGAAACGAUACAAGCAAUAUACAAGGUCAGAUAUUAUGUCUGCUAUUGAAUGCGUGCGUAAUGGAAUGAGCGCUCUGCAAGCCUCGCGCAAAUACGGCGUUCCCUCACGUACGUUGUAUGACAAAGUAAAAAAAUUGGGCAUUACCACGAGCCGGCCUAUGAGUCGCGGAGUUAAAAGAGAAUCUAACGGGGCUGCUUUUCCUUACGGCUUAAGUGGGACUGGAGGCAACGAAGACGGAACACCAACGACGCCGCUUAUUGAUCCAUCAUUCUUGCAACAAGCUUUAGAAGGUGCUACUCGAGACGGCGGGCGGGAGGCCCUACAUGCUAUGGCUUUAGCAGCAGCUGCCCAUGCAGCACUAGCUCCCAGAACUCCACCUCGCUCAGCGCCGCAGUCGCCUCGAUCACCGAUUCCUCAUGACGAUGACCAUGUUGAGGACUUAUCGGUUGCACGUCGACGUGAUCCUGACCCACCUUCAGGUGUUAUUGUUCCACCUCGCAAUUUUGCUCUCGACUGUGGCAGCGAAAGAGAUUGAAUUAUAUUGCGAAAUCAUAUAGAACAUUCGAAAAGACUGACUUAGGCGUACAAAGUUAGAAGUAAGGCACUUAUUGGUAGGUUACUGGUAGGACGCGCCGCGCGCGCAUGCCACGCUGACCGGGCGCUCCGGCCGGGCGAUUGCAAUGGGCCCCGCGGCCACACAUUUUCUACCUCUGUUCUUCUCUAUUUAUUUCCAAACGCUACUUAUACCUGAUAACGAAAUCAAAUUUCCGUUAGACGGUAUGGCAGUGUCUUUUUGUGAUUUAUGUUUGUUUAUUUUCUUCUGUAUUUUUUUUUAUGUUUUAUAACUUUUACGUCUUUGUUAAUGUAUAGGUUAACUUUAAUUAGCAUAUAAUGUGUAACUUAAAGCGGUGACCGUACGAUGAUAGUAAGUACACCGCGUGCCUCGAGUAGGUCCACCUAGACGAGUUAUUGUGCAAUUUGUUGUCCGCGACUGUGAUGUUUAUAGACUGAAACGCCGCCAUUACCUCACGCUCGCUACAGUUUUACUCUAGUCCGCAGCAUCGCACGAUAAGAUCCUUUUAAUUUCGAAGGUAAUUUUAAUUUAAAGGACCAGUGCGGUGCAUAAAGCUCAUAUCACUAUAUAUAGCGACGUAUUGAUAUUCUAUCUACCUAAUGUUACGGAUUAGAUUAAUUUCAUUGUUUGCGAUUUGCCAUAAUUGUUCAUUGUUGAUAUCUAGUUGUAUUCACUUUUUUCUGAAUAUUGAUUGAUUUGCACAAGCACGGACGUUUUUUAGGUAUAGGUAAGAAGUUCAUAAGCACUUGAGAGGUGUGGAUGCUCAAUCAUAAACAUACUAAAUUAAAAAAAUAUAUCAAGUUUCUUAUUAAUACGUAAUAAUUUUACCUAAGUAUAUUAUAGUUAUGUUAAUAUAACUAAAUAUCAUUAUAAACUAAAUAAAUCUUUGUACCUUAUAACAAUGCUAACUUCUUAAACAGAAAUAAGACCCGUUGUAGAGCCUAUUUUAUUUAUUGAGUAUAAAAAACUAUGUUGCACUUCUGUUAUGUUAACUACUAUAAAACAAAGCUAUAAUUUUAUCGUAUUGUUUAAGUUAAUAAUACUAAUACUUUAUUUUGUAAUUAUUUGAAGACUGAUUUGUUACUUUAGUCUAGUUCGAAAAUGCCAUAGAUACUUGAUAGUAUUUGCAUAUAAUAUUUUUUUAAGUCAACGCGGGUUUGUGUAGUCACGCACUACUGAAGUGUCACAGUAUUGUGCCUUGUUUGUGGAAAUCUAGAAGUUUUACGGACAUUCCAGUAGUUACAAUUUGUGUUCUUUAGUAAUUUAUGAACACAUCACAUAGUCUUAUUUAAAUUUUAUCCAAUAGGUAGUUGGGUGGUUUUUAAAAACGUUUUUUGUGUCGGGAACACAAUAUAAUUAUAAAUGUGAAUGUGAAUUAUUAUUGAUAAUAAGCCUUAUAAUAUACCUCAUGAUUUGUUUAGUUAAACGAUAUGUUAUGUGAUUAUAUCAUUAAUACCUACUUUCGUGCCUAUAUAUAAAGUUAAGUAUGAUGUUAUGCACUAGAUCGUCAUGUAGAGUUGUAGAAAUAAGUACUAUAUCUAUAGUUGGCUAUGUAUGUACCUCUAUUAGUAGAUUAAAUUAAAUCGAGUUUGUUUUAUCUCGUACCUAAAUAUUAUAGUAAGAACUAUAUUUACAGAUAAUAUAAUGUUAUAAAUACAAAU